AUGACCAAAAAAGCUACAAGUAUCCUUCUUUUUCCCGUCCAUUUUCAUCUCUCUAGCUUCGCUUUAUCACUCCAACCCCGCUUAGUCACGAGCAAGAUACGUACCAAGCACGACCCAACAUUGAAAUAUGUAGCCAAUGUGGUGGAUUUCGGAGAGCAUAGCAAUAAUAAAAUCCAGCGGGUAGUGCUACCACGAACAGAAUCUCGUUAUAGUGACACUAAGUCUCAGGCGUGGGAGCAGAGAAGCAAGUCGCUAAACUAUACCUCUAUCGCUAGUUUUGUCACAUUACAUCCGGCUUUCCUCGAGUGGGUUACAAGAGGAAUGAACGGUCGGAUCGAAGAACGGCCUACAGUCGAGACGAUUAAAGGGUUUUUUUAG